AUGGUGAUAAAUGUUUGCCUCCCGCAAUUCAAGCCAAGAAUUCACUGCAACAAGGUAUUCCCCGCCCCCCAACAACCCUCCUUGCUCCAGGUUAAGAAAGCAGAGGGUGGAGACUUGGUUGCAGCAUCUCAGGGUCAAAGGAGUUAACAUUCUAGAGAUCAAGGAGUGCUUUGACUCAGCGGCUGCUUGCAGAACUAAAUUGACACUGCUUAUGCAUGGAGGCUUCCUUCUGCUGCCCCUGCUGCUCAUGCAUAUCCUUUCUGAGAAAAUGUGACUUAAUGACACCCGGGGUUGUCAACGUCUGCAGCAGAUCAUUCUGUGCAGUGUAACCCGCCUAAUCAAGCAGCAGGUGGUUGGGUUCUGUAAUCCUGUCACCGCACCAGCGUCACCCUGCAAACAAAAACUAGAUUCUUCCAGCUUGCCACUUUCGGCUUGGACUGGUAGGUCCACCUUGGCCCUACAAUCAUGAUCAGACAGCUGUUCCCCCACCCCUAAUAAAAUCAGUAGCUCAGCAAAAGCCUGAAGGAGAAAUAGACCCAACUAUAGCUGGCUCAGAUACUGUACUUGUUUCUGGUGGAGCUAAAAAAAAAGCGUGAAUUUGGUUGGACCGCCUCCUGUUGCAAGUCACUGGCCAGGGAAGUGACAUCAUAAUGGAAGAUCAGAAACUAGAGUACUAGCAAGACAGGUCAGUGGCCUUGCUACUUUACAGCUUGGUCAGCUGCACUCUCUUGUAGGCAGAUGUUUUAGUACUGGAGGAAAAACCAAAGCUCCCCUGUGGUGGGACCUUCAGGCUUAGAGAGAGUCUUCCCCUGAACACCACCAGAGGUUGAGGGCUACCUGGAGACAUCGGCCACUGUGAGGAGAAGGAUGAAGGAUGGUGGAGCAGAGAGGCCUUUGAUCUGAUCCAAGAGAGCUCCUUGCACGCUUUUCCUCCUCCAGUUUUUCAAGAGAAGGUUGUACGAGUGUAUCUGCUUGGGAUAUUUAAGCUGGGCAUCCCACUUUUUGAGGAGGGGGACUUGCAGAUUUAGAAUAAGGUAGCGGGGUGAUGAGAGGUUCUUUUGAAACAGAUGCCCCCCGCUUUAACUUUUUCUUCUUUCGGUGGGGUGCAAAGUGCGUCUGUGUAACUCGAGCCAAUCAGCCACAAUAAAAAGGUGGAGAGAUUAGGGGCAUGCGGUAAAGAAAGUUAAAUGUUCCACUCCCAGUUAUUUCAAUCGGAGAAUUUUAAGCAUGUGCUUUAACUCUCCUGUUGAAAUCCAUGGGAGCUUUCAUUGAGGGAGAGUCCUUUUUUGUUGCUGCUACAGGAUUCCAGUCUCUUUCUGUGUUGUUACGCCAGCAUGGCAUACAAAGACUGCGGGAAAGAUUGUCAGUCCUUUUCUUUGAGAGCCAGUGUGGUGUAGUGGUUAAGAGUGGUAGACUCGUAAUCUGGGGAACCGGGUUCACGUCUCCGCUCCUCCACAUGCAGCUGCUGGGUGAUCUUGGGCUAGUCACACUUCUCUGAAGUCUCUCAGCCCCACUCACCUCACAGAGUGUUUGUUGUGGGGGAGGAAGGGAGAGGAGAAUGUUAGCCGCUUUGAGACUCCUUCGGGUAGUGAUAAAGCGGGAUAUCAAAUCCAGACUCUUCUUCUCUUCUUCUCUACCCGUAGAUCUCCGCUGACGGAUACGAAGUAGAAAACCUGGUCUCAGAAGACCUUGCCAAACGAAACCGAGGCUUCCGCUGCGAAUACUUCAUCAAGCCCCCGGUCCACGUGACUCUCUCUUUCCCCUUCAACGUAGAAAUCUUCCGGAUUAAUAUAGACGUCUCCUCCGGCGGCUAUCAGAACAUCACUGGGCUGGAUAUUUUCACAUCUACCUCACCCAGCAAAGCCUCUUGGAGCAGUUCGGACUCUCCCUUCUCAGGUCUGGAUGCUCAGCCCCCGUUGGACAAGGAAGCUUUCACGUUGGUGGGCAAAGCGGUGCUGAAGAAUCAAAGCAAAGUGACCUUCAGCCACCGAGGCUUCCGGCCGAGGCUUCCAUUCCAUCAGCAGAUGGACACACUCUUCUCCUUCCCUGGCUCGGCAUCUCUGGACCUGUGGAACAAAGGCCCGAGCUCCCUGAGCUGCGUCUCGCACCUGAAGAUCUGCAUCACCCAUGUGGCUGGUGGCGGUCUCCCUUGCCUCAAGAAAGUGGAGGUUUGGGGCCAGCCGGCCAAAUCCUGCCCCCACGAGGUGGUGGACGACGUGCUGCGGGCCGUGCAAGGCUUUGGAGGGCAGGCUGCCGGCCUCCCGUCGCCAAUGGAGAGCGACCAGGCGCCCUUUGGCAACCCGGACAGCCAGGAGCAGAAGCUGAUGGACGCCAUCCCGGACAUUCCCGAGGAGUUCCUGGACCCGAUCACCCUGGAGGUAAUGACUCUCCCCAUGCUGCUGCCCUCGGGCAAAGUGAUCGAUCAGAGCACGCUGGAGAAGUGCAACCGGAGCGAGGCGUCCUGGGGGAGAGUGCCCAGUGACCCCUUCACGGGGGUGGCCUUCAGCCAGCACUCGCAGCCCCUGCCCCACCCCUCUCUCAAGGCGAGGAUAGACCACUUCCUGCUCCAGCACAGCAUUCCCAGCACUCGCCUCCUGGGGAGGGCUCAGGCCACGGGGACGGUGGUAGCUUCCUCCAUAGCCAUGUCUUCCCUCAAAAGGAAAAUGGACCUCGUAGAGCAGAAGCCGGGCGGCCAACGCAGCAGCACGGAGCCCUUCCGUUUCCCCGCGACAAACCUUGUUGCCACGUCUACCUCUGAGUCCCGUGCUAAAAAAAUGAAAACCGAUUGCGAUGCCAACUCUUCCCAGAUGGACUGCUCGACAGGUACUCCUCUGUCCUCUUAAUAUGCAGAAGGAGCCUGUUUGCGAACAACCUGGAUUGCUGGCGCUGCUUCAUUCAAAUCCUCUUUUUUCCUUUUAUUUUAUUUUUUAAAAAAAGCUUUAUUUGACUGUACGGGUUUAUAAUGUGACUCUUUGAAUGGCGAGUGGAUGGGGAGCAGAGCUGUGGGAGUGGGGGGGAAAUGAUUUUCCUAUGCAAACUAUAUUAUUGGAUAGUUUGCAUGGGGCAAUUUGCAUGGAUAAAUUUUCAGUUUGCAUCAGGAAAUUUUCUGGCUCCUUAGAGCAGCCUUUGUCAACCUGCUGCUCUCCAGAUGUUUUAAGUCCCAUCUGCUCCUGCCAGCACCAAGAACAUUCAGGGGGUGGUGUUGUUGUCGUCCCCAGUGUUGUGCAGGCCGGGAUGGCUUCAACUAGGGAGUCAGGCAUGCAAUUCUGCUGGUCUCAUAUUGCUGUGAGGUUCAGCCAGCAUCCUUGCCUUUUGAGUUUCAAACAUCUCUUGAGGACAUUUUUCUGUCAAUGGGCCCAUGCAGCUGUUUAAACUGAUUAACCAGUCACUUUAAUGGUUAUUUGCAUCGUUUGGGAUGGUGUUUUAAGUUGUUAACGUUGUGCACCAUUAUGAUAAGGCAGCACAGAAAUGCUUUUAUAAAUAAACAUCUGGAGGGCACCAGGUUGGCAAAGAGUGCCCUGGAGAGCGAUCUAAUUUAGCAGAUAACAGUUAAAAACCUUGAAGCUGUCCAGCUUUCCUAAUGUUGCAUUUGCAAUUGGCAUCCAUAGAUUAUUACCAAUGAAUUCACAAAAUGGUAGCAUUUUCAGCAUUGGAAAAUUAAGCACCGCUGCAGCAGGAAUAAGCUACGCCUUUGUCGCCGCAGCUGUAAGAUGGUUAGAGUGGCAUCAUGUCCAGGCCAUUUGCACAGGGAGCUGUCUUCUGUUUUGGACGCAUCCUUCCUCUUGGCUCUGCUGCAUUCUUUUGCUGGUUGAUUUUAUGACCUCCAUUACUCUUUGCCUCCUUUACUGUUUUGUUUGAGCCUUGAUAUUUCCAGGCCUGUUCAUUCUGCACGUCUCCAUUGGGCAAUAGGGAAUUCUGAUCUUAAAAGUAUCUGAGAACCUCUCUAAAAGAGUCUUUAGACCCCAUCGUUUCAAAUAUAAGAAACAAAACUGGGCAGUGUCCACUGAAUAUUUCAGUAUUUUUGUCCCUAUAGUGGUCAGGAGGUAAAAAUGCCAUAUUCCACCCCAGGUUUUCUAUUGCCCAGCUUUAGCCGUCUGUCAGCUUGUGGAUUGCCUCCUGCCUUUCUGCUUACCAUCCCACGGCAUUCCCAGACAAUCGCGUUCGUUGAGCAUUCAUCCCGAUUUGUUUGCCUGGUGGGGAGAUGACCUUGCAUCAAAAUAAAUGUCAUCUCACACUUUGCAGUUCAAUUUCCUUACUGCAAAAAAGUCCAAUUUUGGGUGGUUUGUUGCCGAAGAGCACUAAUUAGGUACAAUUGCACGCCCUAAAUUUGCUGGUGUGUGAUUGGAUGCCACUUGGAAAGAACAACAGUCUUGAAGUGCCCUCAUCUUUCCAAAAUAAUACAGUAUCAGACAGUGUGUUUUUUCUAGAAAAAUAGGUGCCGGUACAUCAAGUUGUUGCAGUAAGUGCUGCACUAUUUAAUAACAACAAAAAAAGGGUGCCAGUACUGUGCACGCUUGAAUAACCCCUGGGGAAAAUGCAUUUGUUUCAGAGAUGAGGUUACAAAAUGUGUGUCCUCCUUUUAAAAAAGAAAAAGAAAAAGAAAAAGGAUUAGCUUCAUUUUCAGAAUUUGUUUUCUAAAACAUGCAUAAGUAACUGUGAUUUUGCCACAAAGGUCAUUACAGCUUCAUGGUCUUCAGGCUUCUUCUUCCUCUUUCAAAUCAACAAGACUUGGGUUUGUGCCCCUUGCCACCCUCCAACUUAUCUGCAAGGGGGUGUUCGGAAGCUUUCACUUUUCCUUAAUGAAAAAUUGCUACAUUGUCCAGUAAAUUGUGGUCAAACAAGCCAGCAUCUUGAACUUCUGUUUGAAUUUGGCUUGUUUCAAGCUAGCCGUAGUUAAGGUCAAGUUAAGGUUGGGUUUGGAUGAUACAGCAAGCUGCGGUUACUGUUUUUUAUUCAGCUUCUGGCCUCAAGGAAGAGGAGGAAGUCCGUCAACCGAAAACUCACGGCGGCUUGUUAGCUUCGUGAUACGCCACAGCCAAAGUUUGUUGCCACAUUCGAGCAGUGGCAAGUCAGUUACUUCUGCCAAAUCUAUUUACUUUUCCUUCUUCCCUCCACUGCUUCUUGUUUACAAGUGAUUGCUCUUUGCUUCAUAAGGAGUCCAUCCCAUUUCCCCCUUAUCGCUAGGCUGUGCACAACCUCCAGACAUAGGUCAGGUCAAUGUGUGAUUUUCCUUAAGUGGGUCAAGGCAGCCUGUAUUGACCUGGGGAGAUCCAGGGCUGUCAAAAAGGGGUUUUGGGUAUUGGUCGACCACAUGCUUAAUUAGGAUUUAAAACAUUAAUUGAACAUGUGUUUGGAAGGGUGGAAAGGAGGGAAUUCAGAUCAGAGUCUCUGCCUUGACUCUUCUGCUGUGCAACUCCUUUUAUCGACCCCCUGCGCUAGCAGACAGAGAACAUUGGAUCCUAGCCGCUGGUAGGAAGAAGAGCGCUGGAAUCCUUCCAUUUUAUUUUUUAAACUUGCCUUUUUAAUCUUUUAUUGCAGCACAGCAUGAAAGACUGAAUUGCCCGUUGUUUUGCUGCCUGCUCCCUUUGUAAAUCCAGAGUGACUAUUUCCAGAUGAUGAUGAUUUUGAUUUUGCAAAUCUCUCCGCAGAUCUGCUUUCUCACGAACAGAGGCUUUCGGACAGUUUAGAUAGCGCCUUGAACUCUGCGCUCAGCUCCAUGCCGCUGUUCACAGCUAGCUUGACGAAAGGGCAGCAGCAACCACACACCGGCGGCGGCUGCCCUGGCCCGUGGAACGCGAGCAGUGGACACGGUAAAGAGGCAGCACGACACUGCAAGGUUGCUGGCCUGGGGAACGGCGGUUCUUGCCUUCCUCUUUCGGAAAGGGGUGGUGGGAGGCAAAGUUUGCAAAGCGCUCCUAAUGCUUGCUGUGUGAGGAAGAGCCCUCGGCUGCCCAGCAGCCUAGCAAGACGUGGAUUGCACAGGUGGGCAACUUGCAGCCCCAGGUCUAACUUCAAAUGCUUCCUGAAAGUAAUCACUUCAUACUGUGCUGGGCCUGGGAGUUAACCCGAGCAACGCAGUCCAGGUCCGGUCCUGAAUCCAAGGAUUCCACGAGGAGUCAGUCCAACAGGGCCAAGGCAGGAAACCAGGCAAGGUCAGGCACAGGGUAACAGGCAGGUUCCAGCAAGCAGCAAUGUUGCUCCCGCAACCUGGGGCAAGGUCCGACAGCCUUUUAUCUCUUGACGGGGUAACGGCUGGUCCUGAUCCCCCAGCGACUCACCUCCCUGUCUCACCUGAAGGCGAGCACUCCUCCUGCGAGUAUUCAGAUCUCUCCUUCUCUCAGACCUGAGUCUCUGCAGCUCAGGAGACGUCAGUGUGUUACUAGACCCAGAGGCCGCCUCAGCCUCCCCUGACCCAACCGGUAGUGGAGCAGCUGUAAGUGAUGGCCCAGCUGGAGGCAAGGAGGUCAUCCCCGCAUCUGGAGCCAGGGCAGGCUCAGGCCCCUGACUCGGCCCAGCUGGGGCUUGUUGCAGGGGAACCUGUGCAGACUGGGGCUCUUCAGAAUCAGGCGCCAGACUCUGUUCAGAUGCCGCCUGAGGCAGAGGAUCCGGUGCAGACUGAGACUCCUCCGGUUCCGAGCCCGAGUCCCAGGCCAUCACACAUAAGAACACAAGGAGAGCCUCCGGGAUCAGGCCAGUGGCACCCCUAGUCCCGCAUCUGGUCUUCACGGUGGUCACAUGGUUGCUUGUGGGAAACCGGCAAGCAGGAUUCGAGCACAAGAACAGCCCUCUCGCCUCCUGUAGUUUGCAGCUGCUGAUAUUCAGAAGGACGGCUGCCUCCAGCCUUGGAAGUAGAUUAUAGCCAUCCUGGCUAGUAGCCAUUGGUAGCCCUUCAUGAAUUUGUCUAAUUGUUUAAAGCCUAAUAAUAAUAAUAAUAAUAAUAAUAAUAAUUUAUUUAUACCCCACCCAUCUGGCUGGGCUUCCCCAGCCACUCUGGGCGGCUUUCAACAAAAUACAAUAAUGCAUCAAACAUUAAAAGCUCCCCUAAAUAGGGCUGCCUUCAGAUGUCUUCUAAAAGUCUGGUAGUUGUUGUUCUCUUUGACAUCUGGUGGGAGGGCGUUCCACAGGGUGGGUGCCACCACCGAGAAGGCCCUCCGCCUGGUUCCCUGUAACUUGGCUUCUCGCAGGGAGGGAACCACCAGAAGGCCCUCGGCACUGGACCUCAGUGUCCAGGUAGAACGGUAGGGGUGGAGACGCUCCUUCAGAUAUACUAGACUGUGACCAUGGUUGGUGGCCAUCACUCUUGCGGGUGUGAGUUUAACCACAUGCUGCAGGAAGAAGAACUUGUUGGGAUACUGCCAGGGAGACAAAGGCCAUCGUGCCCCCACGUCGUCUCCCGGUCUCCCGUGGAAACAGUAUCAGUCAAUUAGCAACACGAGCCUCGGAAAUAGCUGUCCACAUUCCAGGACUCAUGCACGCCCUUUUUGCAGAGCUUCCACAACGGAAGAUGCACCCAGGAGAGCAUAUUUACAACUUUAUUCAGCGUUGGUCAGAACAAAGGAAAAACAUGACUGCCUGCCUUCCUGCCCAGGCAACAGAGAGAAAACAAAAGCUAUAUACAAAACAGAAACUUCCUGAGAGCAGGAAGUACACAGGCUGUGACUCACAACAGCCUUCCCCUUCUUAAGGUGGAAUGGAAAUAUCCUAACAGAACUUCCUUUUGCCUGUCCUGAACCUUCCAGCAUUCUGCUGCACGGGAUGUUCUUGAGUUCUAGUAUUAUGAGAGAAGGGGUGAAACAUCUCAAGAUUGUGGCCACAGCCACAUCUUGUGGCUAUGAAUUCCACAACGAUGUGGUGUUUCUCCUGCCAAGAGAAGCCGCAUCAGAGAGCCGUUAGAGGAAGCCCUGGACCUCAUCCACCCAGGAUAUUUGUGCUCUGCAAGAUUAGCAUGCCUUAAAAGACAGGAAGCAAAUUUGGCUUAUUCACUUGUGUAGAUUUGCUGAGCACUUGCGGUCAAAUGGGCGGGACCUCAAGUCAUGUUUAUAUGUUUAAAAGAAGGUAACCAGAAAACGGUGGCCUCAGAAGUGCUCCUCAGUUCGGAGGGCGGGAAAACAAUCCUCUGAGUGGUUUUAUUGUCUAAUAUGCAUGUUGACAUUCUCCUUGAUAUAUACAGAUCCUAUGUUCUGAGUGCAUGUCUCAGGAGAGUCAGGCUGUAUUCAGAGAUGAUAGUUUCCUCCAUCCCAGAGGCUGGUGACAAUAGCAAAAUAGAUUGAAAAACAGACUGGUGGUGUAGUGUUUAGAGUGUCAGACUAGGAACCUGGGAGAGACCAGGGUUCAAAUCCCCACUCUGUGCUGAAGUUUGCUGGGUCGCCUUGGACCUGUCACUGCCUCUCAGCCUAACCUAUCUCACAGGGUUGUUGUGGGGGAUUAAGUGAGAAGGGGAUGGACGGACCAUGUAUGCCAUCCUUGAGCUCCCUGGAAGAAAAGGGGGAAUAUAAACGCAGUAACAAUAAUACAUAAUAUUUUAUCAAACUUCCCCACCCUUUCCCGACUCGCAUUGACCAGAGUUCCAAAGGCUGGGUCUUGCAAAAGGUGCUUAGGCUUCUACUUGGUGGUGUCUGCAGUGAGUGUUAGUAUUUCACACAGUCCGAUUCUGCAGAUGAGAUUGUUAUAAAUCACAGGCCUGUCUGAGAAGAGCGUGAGAAACGGAAGACACUCUUAUUUCUUCCGCUGUACAGUCAUACCUCGGGUUACUGCCGCUUCAGGUUGCGUUUUUUCGGGUUACGCACCUUCUGAAACCCGGAAGUACUGGAAUGGGUUACUUCCAGGUUUCGGCAGUCACGCAUGCGCAGAAGCGCUAAAUCACGCUUUGUGCAUGUGCAGAAGCACCAAAUCGCAACCCGCACAUACGCAGAUGCGACGCUGCGGGUUGUGAACGCUGCGGGUUGCGAAUGUGCAUCCCUCACAGAUCACGUUCGCGACCCGAGCUUCCACUGUAAUGUACUUUCACUUUUACUUCUCCUGUUUGUUCUCUCCGAGCUGGAGAGAACAGACGCCAUUAUGCCUUUGUCUGUACAUAGUGUGUAAAUAAAUAGCAGAUUAGCUCUAGGAUGCUUCAAGCUUCUUGCUGUGUAAGCUAGAAGAUUGGUGCGCAUGAUACCAGCUGGUUUAUGCUGCUGAGCGCACUGGAGAUGAGGGGAGAAUGCCUUCUCCAGAGCUGCGCAUACUGGAGGAUGCUCAGAGUUCUGGGGCCUUGCAUGCUCACCCCCAGGGCGUUUUUCCAACAGUGAGUGGGAAUUUCCAUUAUUUGCGUUUGUAUCGCUGACCGGGAGACCCCAAGGGCACUCACGUGUGCUUCCUCCUCCUUUGUUUUGCAGAGCACAGUAGGAGUGACUCGGCCCAAGGGUGUUCUUCCUGCUCCCGGACCUUCUCCGUGUACUUCAAAACGGAGCCCGUUUACCAGCUCCCUUGCGGCCACCUGGUGUGCCGCUCUUGCUUGGCUGAGAAGCAGAAGUCCUUAUCGAUACUGUGCAUGAGUUGCAAGAGGCUGGUUGCCACGCACGACAUCCUGAGGGUCCACUUCUGA